AUGGGACAGGAACUAAUGAUCCCAAAAGACAUUUGUUUACAUUUGCGAAGUCAGCCCCUUCCUCCGCAGCUUCCAAUCAUUUCGCAUCCUUUGACAUUGUUGUCUUUACUGAUAUGUGUAUUUGAACGUGCCACGUCGAGAUACUUUCCACUAUAUUGUUGUUGUUAUUGCAAAAAAAGUCGUCUCCGAGUAGCAAAGCUUACUGUCUGUGUCCCGAAUUCACGCUUCGUACUUUACACUAAAAUGAAGACGAUGGUAUCAACUUUUUUCUUGGCAAGAAACUUUGAUGUAGGAUGCAAUUCCGUUUCCACGAAUCAAUUUUUCUUACCCACUUCUCGAUCGAAGAACAACUCACACCGCGAAAGUCUUGUUCCAACGAUGUAG